GGGGACUCGCAAUUUUACUAGUUUCCAUUGACUGUCGCUAAAACAUCAGAUUACUCAAAAUGACAGAGGCUCACAGCAAGAACAAAAAGUGGAUAGUGGCAUUGCAGCAGGAACGUCUGCCCGUUGGUCGAAUGGUCGGGAAGCUUAUCUACACGAAGGACCCAGGUUCGGGUGACUGUCGUGAUUAUGUUGUAAUAUCUCCAACAACCACUGCCGAUGGGAGCUACAUUGCUGAAAUCCAGAAUAUUCCUGCAGAUUUCUCGAGCUUCAUGGUGGGUCGGCACGUCGUCAAAGAUGGUGAUUUGUAUAUGAUCAAUCGAAUAGAUCCCCUUUUCUUGUAUUUGGCAACACAAACAAUCGAACAGUACGAGUCAACAGGAGCCGCUGAAACUGACAUAAAGAAGCCAAAAACUAAAAAGGCAUCUUGGCAACCUUACAAUCAAUUUUUGGAACAAAGCAAAUUACCGCUAGAGGUGACUAAAUUUAUAACGGAAAAGCAACUGAGCCAUAUUUGUUCGACUUUUGACAACGAAGAGCUCUACUUUAAGUUUAGUAUGGAAAAGUCCCUGAACUGGCUGAAGAAGAAGCAGGUUCGGGUAUUGGAAUCGUUAAUAACUCAGAACGAGCAGAGGCGAAAGACCAAUGAAUUAAAGUACUCUGCAGCGGGGGCCGAGAACGGUGACUCGAUGGGGGGAUCUGUCAGUUCAAAUUUUAAUUUCGGAAAUCCCGUUGGAGUUGUAACUCCUCCUGCGACGAAGGGAGCGAAUAGGAAGGUUGAGAUUAAACUGGAUACAAAGGCUCUGAAGAUAGAAAGUUUGCAAAUAAUUUGUAACUAYCUUAACGAAGCUUGGUCGAAAGCAUUUGUCCAACACAUGGGAUAUACAAUGGAACAAAUAGCCGAUAACGCAAAAGCGAAAUCGAAUCCUCAGACCAUAUCCAAUGAUAGGAACCCAAUUGCUCCGGCAGUGCUCACCGAGGACGAUCUGAAUGCAACUUCCUCCAAAAAGGCCGCGGCAGCUCAAAAGGACAGGAAAGCAGCUCGAACCGUGGGGAACAAGCGAUUGGCCAAAGUGAGCACGAAAGGCAUGAAAUCCAUCGGCAGUUUCUUCGGUGCUGCAAAGGCGAAAAAAGCCAAACAUUGAUCAUCCGAUGCAUGAAACACCAAAAACAGAACUCGGUGUUGAAAUAGCUUUUUCCCUACCGGUACGAUACUUGGACGAAUAGAAAAAUCUUGGCAUUCGAAUCUUCAAUAGAAAUUUGGGCUUUUAAAUCUAGUAUGUAGCACAAAGUACUUGAACUUACUCUGUCUGCAUCUCGAGGAUCAACAAAGCUCAAAUUAUGAGGAAAUUAUGGGCGGAUGGAGGUUAAAGCUAUGGAUAAAGGUUCAGCCGGAGU